GCCCAGCAAUCCAUCCUUCAUCACCACUCAUCACCAAUAUGCCCAAGGAUCCCCUUCUCAAAGGCCUAGGAGAUGUCUUGGGGGAGAUCCCUCUAGACUCCUUCCAGCCGAGGGAUGAUGGGCUUGCCGCUAAAAAGGUCAAUAUAACGACAUUAACGUCGUACAAUCUACUACCAAAGCAACGAAAAACAAUCAUUGUGCCUGGUGGAUAGAUCAAGAUCCUUCUGUAUAUUAACGCUAAUCAUGUCAAGGCUCUCCCUCCAUCUGGAAGCCCCCAAUCACACCAAAAAAGAUCAAGCCAGAUGCAGGAGUAUCUCCGAUGGACCCAAAUCGACAUGUGUUCCCUAAAUGUCCCCUCGAGCCGCUCUUCAGAGCCUUAUCUCUCACACAGCCCGGAAUGAAAAUGAAUGACAUUGACCUUGUUACGGAUCGACGCAAUCUCCGAGCCUUGCUGGGUUUCGUGAGUGGCAAGAAGAGUUCAUUCCGCAUCGACGUGGAGGUCGUCAACAACACAGUGUUGUUCUAUUGCUGGACGCCGAAAGCACUCACAUACAUCAACGGGUUUGCGGGAUAUGGCCAUGAAUUUGAAAAGGCGUCUACCCAUCGACCAAAGGGAGCCAAGGAUAGCAUGACACAUAAUCGGGUCAUUCGCUACAUGUUCGGGAAUGUUAGGAUCAUUCUGCGAUAUGAAGUCGACGGAUGCACCGGUUUUGACGAUGAUGUCCGCAGGGUAAUGCCUGAACCGAGAAGCGACAAGACCCCAACGGGAUAUACGGUAUUAAAAUGGGGAAACCUGGUCGCACCAUCUCGGAUAAUCGAGAUCAAAACCGGAGUAGUUGAAAAGAACCUGGAUGUUUCCAAGAACACAGAACAGCUCUGGUUUUCGCAGACGCCUAUUCUCUGCGCCGGUCAUUAUGAUGGGACUGGGACGUUUACGAGCAUCACAAAAAGGAAUGUUUUGAGGAUGGGAAAGCUUAAGGAAUGGGAGGAGAGCCAUCAAGAACAGCUGGAGAAGCUUGCAGCACUGCUUCGGGUUAUUGUCGAGCUGGCUCGGGCGGCGACCUGGACGAAAUGCGCGUUGGUUUCAUCACAAGGAACAUUGAAGAUCUUCAGCUUGGUAGAUCAGAAUGAUAAAGGACUGCCCAUUGACUUGCAGUCUAUGUGGGAGUAAUUGGAAAACAACGAACCACUCUAGAUGCCAGUGGUCUUUCACUCGAUGCAUAGGUCUCGUGGUAGAAGCAAAUGUGAACUUCGUGCGGUUUGAUACGAGCAAUAGGGCCUGUGGUAGCAGGUUAAUUGAAUACCCUUAAGAUUUUACUGGUCCCUCUUCGUGGAACAAGAAACAUAUUGUAUACUCGGCGUAUGC